UGUACGAGAAUGAUCUUUUGAGAAAAUCGGAUAAUUUUGUAACAAAUUCUCUAAAUCUAAUUUUACUGUCUCUGUUCUUUUGUUUAUUAAUUUCGUGGACCAAUUUUAUUGUUUUUCCUCACUUCACCCUGUCGUCUUCCUCCGCAUCAUCCAAACGGAGCCCAGUCGGUGGCUUCAGUCUCUCUCCCUCUCGGAAAAUCUCUCCCAACCUCCGUUGGCGGUCACCUUAGAUCUAGUUCAGGUACUAGUACUUUCUGGAGGAGACUUUCAAUGGAUAAUGUUGGUGAUUUUGUUCAGUACCUCGGACCCGACAUGUCUAUAAAGAUUUUGACUCACUUGGAUGACCCGUCUGAUCUCGUCCGUGUUUGUGCAGCAUCUAGUUCCUGGCAUCGAUUCGUUAUUGAAAAUAACAUAUCUAAGCAUCUUUGCUUGAGGCUAGUUCCAGAAGUACUGGGGCUUGCUCGCUUUAUUGAAGGGAACAUCAUGAUCAAACCUCUAAAAGAUGCAUCUAACACUUCUGCGGAGUGGGAAAGAAAUAAGAUAAAUCAUCGGGUCUAUGCUUUUCUUGCCCGGGGACUUAGCUCAACAAUCGAAAAGAGUUGCUUAUCAGAAGCCAUCUGUGCUUCUAGCACUGAUAACUACCCCGAAGAGAGUAUGCAGAAUACACUAGAACCAAGGGACAGAGUUGAACGCAGAGCCUCUUACUGGUCUAGUAAAGGUCAGAGUGACCCGGAAGUACCCGAGACUCUUCUCUAUAGGUUGGCUUCCAAGUUAUGUGUCGUCACUGAGAUCCAUGUUCAGCCAUUUCAAGCAUAUUUUCAGUUUGGGUUUCCGAUUUAUUCUGCUAAGGCUGUGAGAUUUAGGAUGGGCCAUCCAAAGUCUCCGAUGGAGAUGGAUAGUGAAGCUUUCGAUAAGUCCCAAACAGGAUCUGAAUCAGCUGAUGGGAAUUUUGUGUGGACAUACACGUCUCCCGAAUUUCCUAUGGUUCAGGAAAACUGCUUGCAAAAGUUAAAGCUUCCUGAACCCGUUCUCUGCAUUGGUGGCAUCCUACAAGUUGAACUGUUGGGCAGAGUCCAGAGACAAGAAAUGGAUGGACUUUUUUACAUAUGUGUCUCUCAUGUGAAAGUGCUAGGAAGGCCGCUCUUGUCCCCAUUCGAUGUUGAGAUAGAUGACGCAUCAGGAAAAUGCGCAUUGAAGUACCGUCCUAUAGCAGAGGGCCCUGAGUCUUCACUGAGCUCAGCAAAGGAUGAAGAUGGUGGGCCCCAUUCCCGCCUUCGAACCCUUUCUGCUAUGCUGAUGCUGAGAGGAGUAAGGAGUUGGGAGCAAAUAAUUCUUAGUAGAAUUCGCGGCGCCGGCGCAAGUGUUGAUUCCAAUGAAUCUGAAGAUGAGCUUCCUGCUUGAUCUUUGAAUUUUUAAUUCGAUAAUAUAUAUAUAUAUAUAUAUAUCUAUAACUUUUGGCUUAUAGUGGAUCCGGCUGUUAAUGAGCAUCGAUGCCGAUUUUUUAAAUGGCAAAUGCCUUUGCCUUCUCAUAACAUAUAACAUUGUCUCUUGUUUUUUCGAUGAACAUAUGAGAAAAUGAAUGAUAGCUUUUCAUA